UGGCUCAGUGGUUAAGAGCACUGGCUGCUCUUCUAGAGAACCUGGUUCUGUUCUCCGCACCCACAUGGUAGGUCACAGCUGUCUGUGACUCUGAUCACAGGGGCCUCUUCUGGCCUUUGGACACCAGGCAUGCUUAUAAUGUGCAGACAUUCAUGCACCCACACAUAAAAAAAAAAAAGAUUGAAUGCCAAAAUAGUGUGAUCUCAUAUAUGUUAAAUGUAAGUUUACUUGUUUCUGUUUACUUUUGUUUCAAAUGACUAACAGAGUUUAAAAUGGCUCAGAAUGUAUUUCUAUUAGCAACAUGUCUAGAGGUUUGUUGAAAUUCAGACUAAACAUGACUUUCAUUGCACCAUUUGAAGAUAAAUUAUCUGUUUGUUCAGUUUCUAAACUUGAAAAAUUCCAGAAUUCCCCUUGUUAAUGGUACUUUAUGACAACUUCCAGGAUGUUUUGUCUCAGAUACCUUCCUGCACAGUCACUACUUCUGGAGCUUUCAUUGCAGGUGACCUCCCAUUUUUCUAAAAACACUCUUAGAACUUUCAAUUGUAAAGACACAUUUUUGAUACAUUUGGCUUUUCCCAGGCAUGUAUGUGUUUUUUCCCCUUUGUUAUUUAGAAAUAAUGGUUCAAUACUUCUAUACAUUGGUGAUGUCUGUCCAAAAUCAUUUUCUUAAUGGUUUUCUGAUCCUUUGAAGACUUUUUUUUGAUAAGUAAUCCCCAGGCUGGAAGACCUUUUUGUCCCUGCUUUUGAGUAUAUUAUGGAAUUGUUUGAUCUUUCAGGAUUGGGCCACUGGUCCUGAUGAUAAAGCCACCUUGCUGUCUAGUAGGGUAGAAAACUGCAGCUUCUGUGACAACAUGGUGCUUAGUAGCACUUAACUAGGUAAAUACUUAGUAAAGGUGUCUUUUAAAGCAAAGGAUUUUCCUAUCAAAGAUAAGUCCCUUUUUUUAAAUUUUGUAUUUACAUUGUAUCUCCAUUAGUCUCCCUUCGGAUUAGAAAAAGGUAGAGGCCCUUUGUUAGACAUGUGCUCAUCUUUAAAAAGAUACAGUGUCUCUCUAUCAGACUGCUAUGACCUCAGGUUCCAGAACAUCAAGGCAACAUUCUUUUAAAGGCAUGCUUCACUUUGGUGUGACCCCAAGCUGAGAGCCAGUCUUCCUUGUUGUCCAAGGGAAAGGACAAGAAGACACUUCUCAGGAUGAGCUGGCUCGGGCAUCACCUCUCCAGGUGCCACGAGGACACUUCCUUGCUCAGGACACACAUGCCACUCUUCUCACUCAUAUCAUCUGAAGAUGAGCAUUUCAUCUCCGACUUGAGGAGCCAAGUACCAGCUCGUGCCGUGGUGAAGCAACCUAUCCGCGGAGCCAGCGGCAGGACCACGGUCACAGCUAUUGUUCAGACUGGUGGAGACUGGAGCACCGGCCUCUUCAGUGUCUGCAGAGAUAGGAAAAUCUGUUUCUGUGGUCUCUUUUGUCCCAUGUGUCUUGAGUGUGACACUGCCAGGCAUUAUGGAGAGUGUCUUUGUUGGCCACUGUUACCAGGGUCUACCUUUGCAUUGAGAAUUGGCACCAGAGAGAGACAUAAGAUACAGGGGACACUCUGUGAAGACUGGAUGGUGGUGCAUUGCUGCUGGCCUUUCUCGGUCUGUCAGGUGGCCCGAGAACUCAAGAUGAGAACCCCCCAGCUCUACGAAAUCUGUGCAGUGCAAGCACCCAAGGACACCCUGGUUUGACAGCACCCCUGCCCUCCCUCUCCCACCCUUUCCUCUCCAACCUGUCUCAGAUUGUUUUUUAUUCAUUAGGCUCUCACUGGAAUA